AUGCUGAAUCCCCGGGCGCGACACGAGCCUUCAGGCUCGGUCAGGCGCCCCUCCCGGACGGCCGGCCGCGGUGUCCGGCCGGGCCCACGGGUUCAUGAAGGGAGACCAGGGUGCGGUCUCGCCUUCAAUUCCCCGGGCGUCUGUUGUCUCAUCGAGGUUUGCGUCGCCAGACUCGACGGUGGACAAGGCCGCGAGUUGGGGGGAGGAGUGGGGAUUGGAGAAGUUGGAGGAGAAGGGGUCGGGUCCUCGGCGCCGGUCGUCUUUUCGACGUUGCCGGUGGAAACCGAGGACUCCGACGCGCGUUCGAGCUUGCCAUCUUUCUUCUUCUGGCUCUGCUUCGCGCGACGCACCUUCUCGUGCAACUUGCUAUGGCGGAUUCUCUUCCGCUGGGUGGACCAGCCAACGAAAGAGGGGGUGGAGGUGUCGACGGGGACCUCUUGGGAGAGGGUGUCAGCAGCCGUGGAUGGCUCAGAUGAGCCUGGGGCCAUGGCCCUGGUGUCGGAGCUAACAGGCGUAGCUAGCGCCUCGGCGUAG